AUGGCCGUUACAAAGCUUCUGCUGCACAUCUCUCUCUCCUCUUCCUCCGCUGAUGGUGGUGGUGAUGACUCCGCACUUCCAACUGAUACGAGCGGAUCUGCAAUUGUUAUCGCCAUCUUUUUCGAUGGAACCAAGCUUCGAACCCUAAGUUUUGCUGGGAAAGGUUCUGAAGUUUCAUAUCUAUUAGCCAAUGCUUGGACUAGCAAGAUCUCAACUAGAAUGAAGAAAGCCAAAACAAGCUGA